CAUCUCCCCCCCCCCCCCCACAGCCCUGUUCUCUCGGGGCUCCUCCCACGACCCUCCCAAUGGCGGCCUGCAGGGCCCCUAUCCCUUCAUCCUCCCUGCCCUAGUAGAUGAACUGACUAGGGUACCCGGACAGGCGCAGGUGCCAGGGUCUCUCGGGCACCUGAGAGAGCCCCUCCUUCCCGGCAUGAAAUUAGCCAAGUGGGGAGGAGGCAUUCCAUCUCCGAAUGCAGGAGGGGGGCUAAGAGGCGAGGAGACCGAGAGGUGGAGAUGAUAAUUGUUUUAACAGUCUCUUGGAGACUGCGUCAGCCUUUUAAGUCUCUUUCCCAUUCAUGAUCUGAUUUGAUUCCGUUCUCUUUUUCAUUCAUUCUUUCAUUUAUUCAGCAAAUAUUUACUGAUCAUCUUCUCUGUGCCUGGCUUUAUAAGAGCUGGAGAUGACUUCAAAAGAAUGUUGGGAGACGAGGAACAAUUAAAAAGCAGCUCGCUCUCUCUCUCUCUCUCUCUCUCUCUCUCUCUCUCUCUCUCUCUCUCUCGUGUGUGUGUGUGUGUGUGUGUGUGUGUGUGUCUAACAUUCGUUUUAGAGAAAUCCAUUAACCUGCGCCUCAGGUUUCCCACCUGUGAAGCAUAGAAACCUCAAACAGUUGUUAGACUAUCAAAUGGACACACUGGACAAGGUUCUUUAGAAACCUUCCGCUACUGUAUGGAAAGAGUGUUAUUAAUUUGCACCAACUUGUUAGUUGUUGCAAAAUUCAUUCAGGAAACAUGGAAGUCCUUAAGUGAUUCCAUAUUUUAGCUGAGUAUGAAAUCUGUGUGACACUAAAUAACAGACCACUUCUCUGAGCCUGUUUCCUCAUCUAAAAGCAAGGCUGUCAACAAUGACUUCUAAGUGUCUGGGGAUCCAGUGACACCUACCAUCUACAGGAGAAAGAUACUGGCUGUAUUUAGGGCAGGUUCUUCUUCGGUCCUCAUUCUUCUGACAGUAUUUCUAUUUCUGUGACUUUUCCUCUGUGAUAUCCAGUUCGGUGUAGGUACACCCGGGGCCCAGCAGCUUCUGAUGCUCUUCUUUCUGAGAGAAGAGGAUAAAAUGGGCCAGUGGGGCAGGGAAAGACUGCAGGCUGACACGUGAUCAAGCCAUGGCCCAGGUCCUCCGAUUCCUCUGACCCUGAUCUCUGGCCUUUAGAGGCAUUUGGGCCCCGGAGUUCUCUUGAUCAGGGAUUCUUUCUGGCCUGGGUGUUGUUCUGCACAUCCAGGCUCCCAGCCUUCCAGAGGGCACUGUGCCUGAAGCAAUGACCCUCUCCUCUUCUUCAAGAGCAAAGCAGAGGCUGUGGAGACAUAGGCUAUUUGAAGAGGACCCUCAGGAGCACCUAUGGAGGGCUGGGAAGCUAGGGACAGGAAAGGGUGGGGAAGAGAGGGGUGUAGGGGGUGGGGCUUAGAGACACAGAGUUAAUCAUCUCUAUGGCUCUCAGAUAAGACCCUGCCAGCUGGAAGCAAAGUUAUUGUCACCAGAGGAGUUUGUGUGACUGCAGAGGCAGGCAGGACAGAGUGUCCACAGUGUGGGACCAUGCCAGGCACAAAACGAUACCAGCAUGUGAUCGAGACCCCUGAGCCUGGCGAAUGGGAGACAGGGUCUAGCCCAGGCUGGCCUCAAACUUGCUGCCUAUCUGAGGAAAGCCUGAACUCCUGACCCCCUGCUGCCACUUUGCAAAUGCUGGGAUAGAAGGCACACACCCGGCAUAGGCAUCCUUUUCCUUGUCUUCCCUUGUGAUCUUCCGUCCCUAAUAGACUCGGAAACAUCACAUGAAGACGAAAUUCUUGUUGUCAGGGUAUGAAGCAGCUGUGCCAAUCACAGAGAAGUCCAACCCACUGACCCGGAACUUGGACAAAGCAGAUGCAGAGAAGAUUGUCCAACUGCUGGGGCAGUGUGAUGCUGAGAUCUUCCAGGAGGAGGGGCAAAUCAUGCCCACCUACCAGCGACUGUACAGUGAGGCCGUUCUGACCACCAUGUUGCAAGUGGCUGGAAAAGUCCAGGAAGUCUUGAAGGAGCCCGAUGGAGGCCUGGUCGUGCUGAGUGGGGGAGGAACCUCUGGCCGGAUGGCAUUCCUCAUGUCUGUCUCUUUUAACCAGUUGAUGAAAGGUCUUGGACAAAAGCCUCUUUACACAUACCUCAUUGCAGGAGGUGACAGGUCUGUCGUGGCCUCUCGGGAACAGACAGAAGAUAGCGCCCUUCAUGGGAUCGAGGAGCUGAAGAAGGUGGCUGCUGGGAAGAAGAGAGUGAUUGUCAUAGGCAUUUCUGUGGGACUCUCAGCCCCCUUUGUGGCAGGCCAGAUGGACUACUGCAUGGAUAACACAGCCAUCUUCUUGCCAGUUCUGGUUGGCUUCAAUCCAGUGAGCAUGGCCAGAAAUGACCCCAUUGAAGACUGGAGAUCGACAUUCCGGCAAGUAGCCGAGCGGAUGCAGAAGAUGCAAGAGAAACAGGAAGCUUUUGUGCUCAAUCCUGCCAUUGGGCCCGAGGGGCUCAGUGGCUCCUCCCGGAUGAAAGGUGGGAGUGCCACCAAGAUCCUGCUGGAAACUCUGCUACUCGCGGCCCAUAAGACUGUGGACCGGGGUGUUGCGGUCUCUCAAAGAUGCCUUCUGGAAAUCCUGAGGACAUUUGAGCGGGCUCAUCAGGUGACCUACAGUCAGAAUUCCAAAAUUGCCACCCUGAUGAAACAAGUCAGCACCAGCCUGGAGAAGAAAGGCCGAGUGUAUCUAGUUGGCUGGCAGACCCUCGGCAUCAUUGCCAUCAUGGAUGGAGUGGAGUGCAUCCACACCUUUGGUGCUGAUUUCCAAGAUGUCCGUGGCUUUCUCAUUGGUGAUCACAAUGACAUGUUUAACCAGAAGGCAGAGCUCACCAACCAGGGUCCCCAGUUCACCUUCUCCCAGGAUGACUUCCUGACUUCCAUCUUGCCCUCCCUCAUGGAAAUUGACACUGUGGUCUUCAUUUUUACCCUGGACGAUAACCUCACAGAGGUCCAGGCGUUGGUGGAGCAGGUGAGAGAGAAGACCACGAGCAUCCAGGCCCUGGUGCACAGCACUGUGGGGCAGUCCUGGCCAGUGAGUGUCCAGCAAUGGGGAGAAGAUCUGGGAGUGGUCCAGCCAGGCCUUCUGGAACACACCACCGGUUUAUCUCUUCCUCCUCAGGCCCGUCUAAAGAGGCUCUUUCCCUCCAUCAUUAGCAUCACGUGGCCGCUUCUUUUCUUUGAUUACGAAGGGAGCUACAUCCAGAAGUUCCAGCGUGAGCUAAGCACCAAGUGGGUGUUGAAUACAGUGAGUACCGGGGCUCACGUGUUGCUUGGGAAGAUCCUGCAGAACCACAUGCUGGACCUCCGCAUCGCCAACUCCAAGCUCUUUUGGAGGGCACUGGCCAUGUUGCAGCGGUUCUCUGGACAGUCCAAGGCUUGCUGCAUCGAGAGCCUCCUCCAAGCAAUCCAUUUUCCCCAACCACUGUCAGAUGAUGUCCGGGCUGCUCCCAUCUCCGGCCAUGUCCAGGUUGCCCACGAGAAGGAAAAGGUGAUCCCCACAGCCUUGCUGAGUCUGCUUCUUCGAUGCUCCAUCUCGGAGGCUAAGGAACGCCUGGCUGCAGCUCCUUCCGUCUGUGAGGUUGUCAGGAGCGCCCUCUCUGGGCCGGGUCAGAAACGCACCACCCGAGCCCUUGGAGACCCUACAGCCUGUAGUGCUGUGAAUUGAUGUUUCUGGGACCAUGAAGGAGGCAGGGCCUUGGUCCAUUCCCAUGAGGACUUGUGCCAACAAUACACGUGGUGGUGGGGCAAAUCCAGUUUCGGGGAGUGGGGUGGGGGGAGCACUAACAACCCAGGAUCAGGGAAGAGUCCCGCUCUCAGCCGGAUCAUUUCUACUUUUACUGGCACCUUCUGAUCUCAGAAAUAAAACUAAAUGUCUUGCUUUGGAACCUAACCUUGCAAAAAGUCAGUUAUCACAAACAAGGAAAAUGGGAGCACCAGGUAAUUUCGGGCAAGAGAGAAGGUACUAUUCACUAGAGAAGGACAAUCCCAAUGAGACAAGAUCCUUCUGACUAGAAUGAAUGCCACAUCCACUUAGAGACCAGUGAGCAGAGGGCUUUGACUGCACCCUCUCCCUGUGUUUGAAGAAAGAGCAAAGGAACUCUGGAUGUGCUGGGGACCCUUUGGUGGUGGGACCCAAAGAACACUAGAAACUUGUCUGUACAGCUUUAGACUUCAGCUACCACGGAUUUUGAUAAAGAAAGGCACCUGGAUUCAUCCCAAGUGCAGUCUUCAGUACCUGCAGCCAAGACUCUUACGGUAGAGAUCUGGCUCCCCCUUGUGGCAGAGAAAUAGCCGAUUAAGCGAUACCCCAGGACCUCCCCUAUAGAGAGAGUUAAGGAACCUUCAUUGCUAGAAUUAUUUUGGGAUAUUAGAGGGGAAGUCAAGAAUCAAGAAAAGUCUUGGAACAAAUGAGGUUAAAAUGAGGCAAAUAAAACCUGUGAAUGUUUUGAAGGCU